GCCAUAAAUUCUGAACUCUCUGCACUUCACUGUCUCUCUCAGGUCUCCAUAGCUGCUGCUUCUUCUCAUUUAAAGCUGUUUAGGGGUUGUGCCCGUCGGGGAUUGUAUUCAUGCUACAAUGACCUCUACCUCCACCAAUUGCCUGACUGUUGACUCCACAACAUUAACUAUUUCGACUCCAAUAUACCUCACUCCUCCCCUUGUAGAGUCCACAAGCGUUUCUGGUCAAGGGGAACAUGGAGGGUUUGAAUGUGUGCAGAACUGUGAGUCGGAAUCGGAUGACAUACCCUUUACCAAUGUGGAGCAUUCGCCAGGCAGAGAUUUAGUAAUAUCUCCGAGUUACUGUUAAUCGCAUUCAUAGUUUUCGGUUCUUAUUAACUGACCUCUCAUGCUUUAUGAAUGUGUACUACACUGUUUCUCGAAUAAAAGAAUUAGCUCAUGUUGAUUUUUUUUUUUUUUUUUGUGGUACCUGGCAAAACUUUCAUUUGGGGGUCUCGGCCGUUGGCGUUGGCUUCAACUUGUGAAGCUACCCCUUACUGUAUUCUUGAUCUCUUCCCUGGCCUUUGAAUGCAGGGUGCCUGGCCUAAGUGGCCUUCCUUUCCUCCUGCUCAAAUGAUGGAUAAUGGGGAUGUGGACAACAAUUUUCAUCAUUUAGAUCUCGGCGCUUUACCUCCUUGGCAGCUCACUGUUACCCUUGCUGAUGGGAAGAAGUAAUAUAUCAAAAUCCCGUACUCGGAGGGAACCCAUGUUGUUGGUCUCCCACUUGGUUUGGAUAUUCCUGAAGUGAUAGCAUCCAACUACAAAACCUUAUUGUGUAUGGUAAACGGUAUGACCUCCGUCAUAACCAGUCUAACUCUAAAGCUAGAACGACAAGAGAAGGUUGCUGCUCGCUAUUUGGAGAAUGUGAAUCGCUACCGCCUUGAACUUGAGGAGUUGAAGCGCACACUAGAUGGUGGUCAGGAGGUUCCUCAGACUCCUGCUUCUCCAUCAAAAAAGAGGAAGUUGAGUACGGUGGAAUCUGGCCCUUGUGAUACACAGGCAGUUUUUAUUGAGAAACCUGAGCACCUGCCUCCACCAAAACCCAAUUAUUGGCCUGCCACCGCUGUUCUCCUGGUCCAGGAAUCUGUUAUAGAAGAGAAUAUGGAGGAGUUGGAUGACUUACCCCUUCCUAGAGUGAAACGUUCGCGAUGCCAAGAUGUCCCCACAAGUGCAUCACUAAUUUGUUCUGAGAAGCAAACUGAGAAGGUUGAUUCUGUUGCAGGGGUUGUGCCUGUCGGGGAAUCUGUUGAUGCUACAACGACCUCUACCUCUGGCAAUUGCCCAACUGCUGACUCCGCAACAUUAUGUAGUUCGACUCCUGUAGAAUCCACUAGUGUUUCUAGUCCGGUGGGAGAUGAGUGGUUCGAAUAUGUGGAGAAUUUCAAGAUCCCAAAAGUGUACGCAGAUUUGUAUAAGAAAAUAUCUAGCAAGUAUGGGCAUAUGUUGACUAAGAAGGUUAUCAAGUCCAGUUACGCUAUACGACUUGUAUGCAUUACUAGCUUGAUGGAGAUUGCCUCUAGGAUGGAAACUGUGCGGGGUGUUGAUUUGAAUGCAGUAUUGCUAGAAAGUUGGGAAGGAGACAUUAAAGUUGCCGAGACCUUGCAAUUCAGUAUUGAAUGUCUUCGUGAGAUCUUUGGUCGACUUAAGAGCUCUUGGAAGACGUCUUUCAGCAUAGAUGAAGAGGUUGAAAGCCGUGAGCAAGUAUUGGAUGCAGAACAGGUGAAUUAUGUUGGUCUGAUUUCAAGAAAAUAUGAACUCGAGAAGGAACUUCUAGAUGUGAAGAUUGACAUUAAGAAAUCUGAAGCAAAGAUUUCAUCUGAGCGAGAAGCAAUUCGAACAAAGAUGGCAGAGAAAUUCAUUUUCUUGUUUGAACUUUGAACCUGUUCUGUGGAAUUUGUUCGGUUAAGGUUACAAAAUGAUUGUAGGUUGGUAACAAAAAAAUUCUAACUUGCUUUUUGUACAUAAAUGAUGAGUAAAAACAAGCAGUAGGAACUAGAAUGACAAAUCUUAAGAGUUAUCAAAGAUCAAUGCAAC